AUGCUGGGCACGCUGGGCGCGGUGCGCACCGCGUCGCUGCGCAUCGCUACGCCGCUGCAGACGGCGCUGAUGCCGUCGAGUGCACUCGCACGGCCGGGCCUCGAGACGCUGCCGACGUUUGCGUUCGGUGGUGCGAUCCAGACGCGUAACUCGGCCAAGCGCGGCGGUGGUACGACCAAGAACAACCGCAACAGUGCGGGUCGCCGCUUGGGUGUCAAGCGCUCGGGAUCGAUGUUUGUGUACCCGGGCGAGAUCCUCGUGCGCCAGCGCGGCACGUCGUGGCACGCAGGCGAAAACGUCAAGAUGGGCCGCGACCAUACUCUGUACGCCACAGAGCCGGGCGUCGUCUGGUUCUACAAGCCGCAGCAGGCACAGAAGCAUGCCGAGCAGAAGCCGGCACUGGGGGAGCUGCCGCUCCGCCUCUUGAAGCCGACGACGAUCACACAGGCGACGCCGGAAGCGGUCAAGCCGCACCCUUCGUCGCCCCGCCGCGAGCGGCGGUACGUCGGCGUGGCGCUCAGCCGCGAGCUCUCGCUGCCGACCAAGAUCGGCGCGCCGCGGCCACGCCGCUUUGAUAAGAUUGACCUGAACGCGCUCGAGCGCGAAAAGGAGCUGCGGCGCAAGGGCAUUGAGCCGAUUGCGCUUGAUCCAUCCCUUGCGUAG